AUGGAGCUUCUGUUGAACGGAUUCUCUUGGAUACUUGUUCUACUUUCUUACCUGUGUUUAGAAUGUUCGUGUCAGGACUUUGGGGAACAACAGACGCAGUUUAUUUGCACGUCCGUCCCCAAGGAUAUGGACAUCUGUUCGGCGGCGAUGCAAAACCAAAACAGUGUCCCGCCACCGGGAGAGGAUCUAAAGACAACGGUCAUGCAGCUUCGGGAGACGGUGCUUCAGCAGAAAGAGACCAUCAUGAACCAGAAGGACACGAUACGGGAACUCACGACCAAACUCACCCGCUGUGAGGGGCAAGGCGGCACGGACUCUGGCACGAGGAGGAGAGAGUUUGGCACCAAGAACACCAUGGGGGACGUUUCCCGCGCGCCCUCCGACACUCUGACGCAGCUCUCGCAGACACUACAGUCCCUUAAACAGCGACUGGAAAACCUGGAGCAAUUCAGUCGUAACAACAACUCUGCGCAGGCCUCCAGUCUUAAGGAGCUGCUGCAGAGUAAGAUCGAGGACCUGGAGAAGCAGGUUCUGUCGCGCGUCAACAGCCUGGAGGAGGGCAAGGCCGGCCUGAGGGACCGCAACGAGACCGAGCAGCGCGGACGCGUCGAGACCACCCUCUCCUCCCUGCACCAGCGGAUCACCGACCUGGAGAAAGGUCUGAAGGAGAACCGUCCAUUGGAUAAGUUCCAGCUUACGUUUCCCCUUCGAACCAACUACAUGUACGCUAAGGUGCGCCGCAGUCUGCCUGAGAUGUACGCCUUCAGCGUGUGCAUGUGGUUGAAGUCGAGCGCGGCGCAGGGCAUCGGCACCCCCUUCUCCUACGCUGUGCCGGGGCAGGCCAACGAGCUGGUGCUCAUCGAGUGGGGAAACAACCCCAUGGAGCUGCUCAUCAACGACAAGGUGGCUAAGCUCCCGUUCCUGAUCAACGACGGCCGGUGGCACCACAUCUGCGUGACGUGGACGACGCGCGACGGCAUGUGGGAGGCCUUCCAGGACGGGGAGUCGCGCGGCACCGGGGACAACCUCGCCCCCUACCACCCCAUUAAACCACAAGGAGUACUCAUACUGGGACAGGAACAGGAUACGCUAGGUGGAGGGUUCGAUGCCACCCAGGCGUUUGUGGGCGACAUGGCCAACUUUAACAUUUGGGAUCGCAAGCUCACCCUGGGGGAGAUCUACCACCUAGCCACCUGCAGCACCAAGGCACAGACGGGGAAUGUCUUCUCCUGGCUGGAGAGCAACAUGGAUGUGUACGGAGGCACCUCCAAGUGGACCUUCGAGCCCUGCCGACAGCUCAACUAA